AUGGCGACUAUUUACGGCGUUGUGGCUGACGUCGGCAAUUAUUCCAAUUUCGUGCCCUUUUGCGAAAAUUCCAUCCUUUCGUCCGACAAGUCGAGCGGUCAGAUUGACAUCAAGUUCGGCCCGAUAAGACACAGUUGGAAGUCUAAGCUUACUUACUCGGAGAGCGAGAUUCUAGCGCAGAAUAGCACCUCUUUCCCGUUGAAAUUCCUCGACACGAGGCUAUCUUUUCAGAUGUCGGAAAGCUCGCACCACAUACUCGACGAUGAAUUCAAUGAGCCUGAGCAAGCAAGGAAAAUUUUCAUCGGGAAUUUGCCUUAUGAGGCGGAUGAAGAAAUGCUCAAAAAUCAUUUUUCGAGUUUCGGAGAGAUAGUGGAUUGUGUGGUGCCCAAGGACCCCAAAACCAAGUUUGCAAAGGGUUUUGGGUUCGUUACUUUCACCAGAGGCACGGCCGUCGACCAAGUCAUGAAUAAUCGGCCUCACAAGGUUGCCGGGCGUGUACUUGAGCCAAAGCGAGCGAUCUCUCGGAACGAGUCCCGGGAUCCGGCAGCUGCAGUAUCGACCACGAAACUAUAUAUCGGCUCGAUCGGCGAUCUCACGGAGUCAGAGAUCAGGGGAUACUUCGAGGGCUUUGGCGCCAUUCAAGAGUUCGAGCUUCACUCCGACAAGGGACAGGCUUUCAUCACUUUUCAAGACCAUGAUCCCGUCGACAGAAUAGUUGGCGAGAAGCACACGGUUGCCGGGCGUCCGGUUGAGACGCGAAAAGCGCUAACGAGAUUUCAAAUCGAGACGGCCACGAAGAGGCGUGAAAGUCAGCAGCGCCGCGGCGCACACGACCGAAAUCACCGGCAGCAUUAUGGCGGCCAUCAUCCGUACGGUCGGCCGUACGACGACGAGCACGGUGGCUACCAUCGACGAGGUCCUCCCCACGGCGGCUAUCACGAUAGAGGAGGAUAUGAUAGAGGCUACGAUCGGGGAGGCUAUGAAGAUCGAGGCUAUCCAAGGGAUAGAUAUGGUCCUCCACAGGAGAGAUAUGGAGAUCCCUACGCAAGAGAACGAUCCCCGCCUAGAGGAUACGAUCGAUAUGGCAGUAGUUACGAUAGACCGCCUGUAGACCGUUACGGUCCUCCAAGGGAUUAUUAUGAUCGGUAUGGCCCACCGGAGCAAAACAGAUAUGGUGGGCAUCCUCCUCCGCCUCGUGAUAGCUAUUCCGACCGCGGCUAUCCGCCACGUGAUCCCCCUCCUCAUACCCACGGAGGAUAUCCGGCGCCACCUCCUGGGCCUCCUUCUAGAGACAACUCUGCGUAUGCAGCAGCGCCAAGUGGCUACGACAGCGGUCGUAGCGGCUCUUAUAUCGCCGAUCCGGCUGCAAAUGGAUCUAGUAGGGAAAAGGGGCAGGAGAGUAAGUCCAGCAGUGAAGCAGCUUCAGGCUCCAGUCAAUACUACAAUCCUUCCGUCCCACCAGAAGCAAGAGCAGGCUACGCUGGCAACGGAUAUAAACAGGAGUAUUAUAAAAAUUGA